CUGACGUUUACGGGAAGAGUUGCGUAGCGGGAAAUGAUUAACUUCUUUUUUACUGUUUUUUUUGUUGAAUUUGUUUUUAUUUUGCUCCUUGAAAUAAAAAGGUAAAUCUAAAGGAAACAAUUAAAAGACGAGGUAAAGUUGCAUUCUGUUAAUAAAUAAUAUAGUACAUGUAAAUAAUACACUCGACUGGUACCACACAGCAGCAAGCGAAUUAAUCAGUUAGGUUUUGGCUACUUCCUGGCUGUGCGAGAUGGAGAGCGACCCGUCGAUAUCAAAAUGCAGUCAAGAACAAGCGUUUCGAUUCAACAGACCAGUCCCACCAGCGCCGCCGAUACUUCGACCAUCACUUAUUUUUUCUUCGCCUACGCAGUCGGAAAUACGACUAAACGAUGUCUGGCCUCUUAUUCAUGAUCGAUUGGUCACCUACCUUAACGAACGUGGUAACGCUGAAUCAAACUUGCGUUCAGCCGCCGAGACCCGACUUCACACAAUCCUCAAGACGACGGGUGGGAUGGGGGCAGCAACUCAGAAUAUAGAAUUGACAUUACUGUUCAAGCUCCUCAGGAUGUUGGACAUAGACACGAAGGAGUUAAAAUCUUCGAAUCAAACUAUUGAUCACAAGGUACUUGUACUCAAGCUGAAUGUAUGGGCUCUUAAUGUGUGGAAAACGUUAGAUUUUUCCACUGUACAAGAUAAGAUGCGAUAUGUGACCAUGUUUGAAGAUAAAUUUUGCAGCACAUUACAUAAGAUUCGAUUAGAUUCAGCUCUGUCCUUGAAAGUGGUUUCUUCCAAAAAUGCACUGGACUUACUUGGUGUUAUGAAAAAAAUUCAAACAAUAUGGGUAGAAGAACUUAAUGUGGCGACAAUAAAGAUGAAAAAUGGAAAUAUUGUUGAUAAAAUUGAAGAAAUCUUGAAGCAAGAUAUAAAGGAAAAACAUGAACUGACCACAACUAAAGAUGACCUAUUGUUUUACAAGCAAUAUGUAAAUGUAAAGAAACAAUUAGAAAACGAAUGCCACUUGUCGUACAAAGAUACGCCAAUGAGCGUGGCAAUCCAAGGCAGGCUUAUCAAGAAGAUGGCAGAUGUAUUCCUACAAAGUGUACAAACGGAUAAGGCUCAUGGAGACCACUUUUUUAUCCAGGCUCUUCUUCAUAAAACGGCAAUGUCGUGCCUUAGCUAUAAAAGGGCACUUGUUUGGGUAAUCAUGCUGAUUCUACCCCAUUUGGUAGCAAAUAGUAGAGCCGGUGGAAUCAUCCGUUUAAUGCAUCUAACACAGGGUUUACUCAGGCAAACUAUGACGUUGGACCACUCAAUUAGCAGAAGAGAUGAAGUGUCUGCAUGGAAAGCAAUUCUGACUUCCAAUUUGAGUUCUGAAGAUAUUUCCUACUUCCAUUCCAUUAUUUUGUCCAAACGUAUUUUCGAUAAAAUUCCUUUCAAUGAGAAAGUUUUUGAAAAUUUUUACCCUGAAGUGGAUAAAGUGGACAAGGAAUCGGCAUCACAAAGUCAGAUCUACAAUACAUCGUCAUCAUUUGUUUAUGAUUCCGAGCUCUGCGAUGUGGACGUUUCUUUGUUAGUUUCUGAUGAUUCGGUUGAUCCAUGGAAAAUUAAAGGAACGGUGAACUGGGAAACUGGACUCAUCAGUGAGGAUUUGUAAUUUGCAGUAUUCACUUCGGGUUAAUACAUGCAACACCACUAGAAAAGUAUUAAUUUUUAACUGUAAUAUUUUUUCAAUAUUUUUUAUCGCAGAACUGUAUUUAUUUUCAUAGCUUGGUAGUAUUGGUUCUCAAAGCAACGGAUCAUUAGGGUUACCAAAACGAAUUGAUUGAUUGCGCCAUACUUUCCAAUAGCAUAAUAAUAAUUUAAAUUGCAAUUUUAAAGAUUAUCAAUGAAAUUUUAUUUUAUUGUGAUCCUAUUCUGUUACUUUUCACUACAUGAAAUUUUUGAAUGAUUAGAUUUUGAUCCGCAUCAUAAUCUAAAUGAACUCGAUUGCUUUGAGUACUCUUAUUAUAAAUAUUGAAAAUAUCUCCAAAAAAUAGUAAUCAACUAAGGCUGAAUUUUAUGCAGAUUCCAAUUGAAAUGAUAAGCAUGUACUGCACUACUAAUUAUUACUUGUAAACACUCAAAUAAAAAUUCAGACCUGACAUUUCUUUUACUAAUAAAUAACAUUCGGUAAUACUUA